AUGACAAAUCCCUUGGGGAAAGGUGAAGAGGCGAAAAUGGAAGCAGGAAGCGGUUAUGCCCUAAUACAAGACAACAGUGGCGACGUCGAGGAGCCGUUUUUACAGGACGGUAACAUUAGCAGACGAUCGAACUAUGGCACAUUCAUUCGUUCACCAGCAUGGGCGGUGACGACCUUGAUCUUGACUUUGAUAAUGGUCGCUGAGAACGUCUAUCUACUGAGAACACUUGAAUCAUCGAAGAGGAAUAGUACAUACGAGACGGGGUUUGACACGGAGCUUGAAGAAAUGAAACCCUCCAUCAAACUACAUCAAAAACGCUACACCGGCGCCAUCCGCGACCUUCCCAACGGCACUUUAUACAUGGCCUUCAACUCCUCCGAACCCCGAUACGUAGGGCCCCCCUCCCCAGAAAUUGACGAUGCAUGGCAAAACCUCCUCAAGGGGCGUUACAUCCACUUCACCAACGACGAAACCGCCUGGCUCAACACCGACAGGGACACACCUACUGGUACUCUCGAACAACUCCCUUCCCACGGCCACUCAAUCUCCACAACAGGCUACUACGGCGGUCCCGACAUGUUGCACAGUCUGCACUGCAUAAACGCCAUACGACAACAUAUUGGCAUGGAUUAUUACCAUGAUGAACAUGUGGCGUGGUUACCGGAAGAGUAUAGAAGGAUGCAUAUUGAUCAUUGUAUUGAGCAGUUGAGACAAGCUACGUUGUGUCAUGGGGAUAUGACCCCUGUAACGCUCAAGGCUAUUUGGACGAAUACGCCGCGAUGGGUGGCGUUGGGGCAGACGGAGAGGUUGCAUACGUGUAGAGAUGGGAUGGCGUUGAGGGAGGCGACGUGGGAAAGGGGGGAGGAAGUUGGGAGGAUCUCGUUUGGCUUGUAG